AUGGCGAACAGAGUUUACGUAUUUUUCGUUUUAUUUUCGUGUUUUCGUGUUGCUGAUUUUGCGGCUUCCACCACUCAAAAGGACAUUUACACCGCCAUAACCUCCGGAUAUACAAAAGAGGUUCGCCCUGUGUCAACAGCAAAUAGUGUUUUGAACAUAGAAGUUAUGGGCUAUCUAUUAGCCAUCAACGACUUUGACGAAGUUGCGGGGACCCUUGAGUCUGUAAUUGUUCUGGGAUUAAAAUGGAAAGAUGAAGCGCUGAUUUGGAACGCUUCUACUUACAAUAACGUAAGCUAUAUAAUCAUCCCGCAAUCUAAAGUUUGGGCUCCAGAGCUCUUCAAUGUGAAAGCCGCAGAUACAUUUGUCCCAAUAGGCAGUGGUACUUUCAAAGUAUCUAUUAUGUUUAAUGGGGACGUACAAAUGAUGCCCGGGGGAAUUAUGAAAGUCAAAUGCUCGCCGGAUGUAGCCAAAUUUCCUUUUGACGUCCAAAACUGCUCACUGGAAAUACUACCGUGGAUGUACAUGGCUAAUGAUAUACUACUCACUGCAGUUGCUGCAGAACUCGAUUACACGUAUUACGAACUGAAUGGGGAAUGGACAGUUACGAAAACCGAACUGAGAUCUAUAAAUAAAAAUGGAUAUCCUUUUCUGACGAUUAGUCUCAUGUUAACGAGACUUCCACUGUACCACAUAGUGAACACGUUGAUUCCGGUAUAUUUCCUCGGCUUCCUCAACCCGCUUGUCUUUAUCCUGCCCUGUGACUGUGGAGAAAGGUCCGGAUACACCUUGACCAUGUUACUGUCAUACACUGUAUUCAUGAUGGUUAUCAACGCUUCAUUGCCGCAGACAUCUAGUCCAAUGGCGGCCCUUUCAUUCGUGACUUUCGGAGCGCUUGUUUUCAGUGGUUGGAUCGCAGUUUUGAACUGUUUCCAGCUUCGCAUGUACCACCGAGAAGACGAUGUCCCCGUGCCUCUUUGGCUUGUGAGACUGAUUAACAUUCUAUCCUGUUCCGGUUACAGAAAGGUCAAACCGGAAGUCGCCGUGGUCGGAGAUGCCGAAAACAUGCAGGUUUCGAGGGUAAACAAAGAUGACAAUACAGUUGAUUGGAAACGUGUAGUCGACGUCCUGGACAUAUUUUAUCUCAAGUUUAUAUAUAUUACUUUUACUCUUGGUACCAUAAUCGCGACGGUGUACUUAUCGUCAAUGUAG